AUGAUGACUUACAUCAAAAAGGCGCCAAAUGUGGGUAUUAAGAAAAUAAACAAAACUAAGAAGCAUGAAAAAAAUACAAAGAGCGCCAAAAUGCCCAGAAUAUCCACAAUAAAAGCCAAAACUAGUUCCAGAAGGGAAUUUGUCAAGGGGCUCAACAAAUUGUACAGUCAAUUAUUGGCCGAACAUAAAGAUAAAUCUGAACAUUUGAUCUCUGAGUUGCUUAAAUUGAUCGGAGACCAUUACCGAUUGCUUAUUCGACAGAAACAUUCAACUAGAAUCCUACAAGCUUGUUUGAAAUACGGUACGGAUGAGCAGAGGCAGUAUAUCUACCAAAAAAUUAAGGACGAAAUUCCCUAUCUAUGCAUGACGAACCAUGGAUCACAUCUGGCGAUUAAAGCCUACAGGUACUGCAAUGCUGAUGCUAAAAAACAUUUUGAAGAUAAUAUUAUUUUCUCAGCAGCCUCCCUCAGUUACCUUAAAAGCCGAUAUGGUUCCCUUAUUUGGGAUUUCAUAUACAACAAGUUCAGCAUGGCUAAGCAGAUUGGCUCGCUUUUACAGCUACUAGUUCCAACGUCUGUAAAGGUACUUAAACCAGAUUUGUUUGAUAUCCUGUUGAAGACUAAGAACCUAAAUCAAUUACACGCUAAAAUUGCUUGUGACCAGGAACUAUUUCCAAAAUACAAAGAGAUAUGCGUGGGUCUGUUUGGCAAAUUAAUCGAUAGACAUCUAACAAACACAAGUAUAUCACAUGAUAUAGGUUAUUUAACCUGCUUAUUAGCUAGUGAUGAUGAAAUGGACGAUCUAGCACAAAGAUUUACGCAAGGGCUGGAUUCCUUGUAUAUCACAAAAUCGGGAGUAUUUGUUGCUUGUCAUUUAUAUGGAUAUACUCCACCAAAGCAACGCAAAACUAUCGUAAAACAACUAAAACAAAACCUAGAAGAGAUGGCCACUAAUGUAGCGACUAAUUUAUUUGUAUCCCGAGUCCUACUAGUGACGGAUGAUACAAAAUUAACAAUUGAACACCUGGUCAAGCCAUUAGGUGAAAUAACCAGUAAACUGGCCUUCGACAAGUAUGGGCACAAGAUCAUAGUCUCCCUUGCAAAUAAAGAAGCCCUAACUCUGUAUAAUGGGUACGAAAGGGAAGUUAUUCGGCUUCCCUCACCCCGAAGCCUUAAGGAAUUCGAAUUAAGACACUCACAACUAUCUGAGGCAUUCCGCACGUUGUUACUGAAUGUAUUAUCGCAAAACCAACACCAAAUUGACGUUUGGCUUAAGGAUAAAUAUUCAUCCCUAGUAAUUGAAUCCGCUCUAAGUAAAUUCAAUUUGGAUCUAUUCAAUACAAUAUCAGGAGCUAUAAAUGAUAAAUUUGAUGGAUCAUUAGGGCUACUAGACAACAGCACCUGUCUACAUUUGGUACAACGGAUUAUUAAAAAGUUACCUAGUGACGUCAGAGAGACGGCAUGUGAUAACAUUUGGAAUGUUAUUAGUCCAAGAAUAGACCAAAUUUUAAUGUCGAGGUCUGUAUUCUUGCUAGUGUCUAUUUUGGAGACAGUGGACAGAUCCUCGCCAGUUUUUUCGUCCGCUACAAACUUAAUAUGUCAUGACGAUAUUUUGAAAGCGAAAUCAAAAAACUCUUCAAAUUGUGGACUUAACAUUCUAGAAAAGAUACUUUUCAAUACUCAAACCUAA